ACAUCUGCGGGAGUCCAUCCACUAUUCCUAGAGCUCUUUUGUCAUGUAGCAUAGCCACACAAUCUCUACCGGUUCAAAGGUUUUUGUUUGCCUGGAUUGCUCACUGUUACUCUUUUCCUUUUACUGCAAUAGAAGAACAAGCCCAAGUAACGUGACUGGAUUUAUAAUAUAUCACGGAUUUCCCCUCACAGCAUUUAUUUAUCACGUCUCGUGAGGUGUUAGAUGGCAACGGAAUGGGACAGGCUGUGAUUUUCAAGUUGAACAUAACAAUACCAUUGUGAGUGAAACACCGAAACGUUGACCGAGGACGAAGCUGUCGGAAGGCGUAUGUAACCGCAAGAAAGGGAAAACGGUUCGGCAAAAGGCUUGACUAUGGGCUGUGUCAAGAGUAAAGAGGACAAGGGUCCCACACAGAAGUACCGACCAGAUCCCACCAAUCCCACCCCUGGGUCACACAUGGGCCUCUAUGGACCAGACCCUACUCAGAUGGGUCAGUCACCAGCCCUGAAGGGUCCCACCAACAACUAUAACAGCCGCUCCUCUGGUCUCACCCCAUUCGGUGGCUCUUCCUCUGUCAUCACACCCUUCGGUGGAGCCUCGUCCUCCUUCUCCACGGUGGCAGUGAACAACCCUUUUCCUGGUGUCGUCACAGGUGGCGUAACAUUCUUUGUGGCCUUAUAUGAUUAUGAAGCCAGGACAUCAGAUGACCUCUCCUUCAGUAAAGGCGAUAGAUUUCAAAUCAUCAACAACACAGAGGGUGACUGGUGGGAGGCUCGCUCCAUCAACACGGGCCAGAAGGGCUACAUUCCCAGCAAUUACGUGGCCCCUGCAGACUCCAUCCAGGCGGAAGAAUGGUACUUUGGGAAAAUGGGUCGUAAAGAUGCUGAGCGACUGCUGCUUCUUCCCGGAAACCAACGGGGCACCUUUUUAGUCCGAGAAAGUGAGACCACUAAAGGAGCUUACUCUCUCUCAAUACGAGACUGGGAUGAGAUGAAGGGAGACAACGUGAAACACUACAAAAUCCGAAAGCUUGACAGCGGAGGCUAUUACAUCACCACAAGGGCUCAGUUUGACACCCUACAGAAACUGGUGAAGCAUUACACAGAGCAUGCAGAUGGGCUGUGUUAUCGACUCACUACAGUGUGUCCGACGGUGAAGCCCCAAACUCAGGGUCUGGCUAAAGAUGCAUGGGAAAUACCUCGAGAGUCACUGCGUCUGGAGCUUAAGCUGGGUCAGGGCUGCUUCGGAGAGGUUUGGAUGGGCACUUGGAAUGGCACGACUAAGGUAGCUAUUAAGACCCUGAAGCCGGGCACCAUGUCUCCCGAAGCCUUCCUGCAGGAGGCCCAGAUCAUGAAGAAGCUCCGGCAUGAUAAGCUCGUUCCGCUGUAUGCUGUUGUGUCUGAAGAGCCAAUUUACAUUGUCACUGAAUACAUGGGCAAAGGGAGCUUGCUGGACUUUUUGAAGGAGGGUGAGGGUAAAUACCUCAAAUUGCCCCAGCUGGUUGACAUGGCUGCCCAGAUUGCAGAUGGCAUGGCCUUCAUCGAGAGGAUGAACUACAUCCAUAGAGACCUGAGGGCUGCUAACAUCCUGGUGGGAGACAAUCUGGUUUGCAAGAUUGCUGACUUUGGCCUGGCUAGACUAAUCGAAGACAACGAAUACACUGCUAGACAAGGAGCCAAGUUUCCCAUUAAGUGGACUGCGCCAGAAGCAGCUCUGUACGGCCGAUUCACUAUUAAAUCUGACGUCUGGUCCUUCGGGAUUCUGCUGACAGAGCUGGUCACCAAGGGCAGAGUGCCAUAUCCAGGCAUGGUGAACCGCGAGGUGUUGGAGCAGGUGGAGCGGGGCUACAGAAUGCCAUGUCCUCAGGGCUGCCCAGAGUCGCUGCACGAAAUGAUGCGGCUCUGCUGGAAGAAGGAGCCCGACGAGCGGCCCACAUUCGAAUACAUCCAGUCCUUCCUAGAGGACUAUUUCACCGCCACUGAGCCACAGUAUCAGCCCGGAGACAACCUGUAGAGACACUAGCUCUACAGGCCCCAGACACUCGCCACCACGUGCUAAUAAGCCACCGGGACGCUUCCCAAACCUUUCCCCACACACUUGUCCUUACAGAGAGUUUCUUUUGUUGUGUUUUUCUUUAUUUCUCCCCCCAGUCAAAUUGGAAAAGCGCAUCAGUCAUAUCCUUCACAGCAUGACUUUGUGGUCAGACUGUUCUCUGCCGGAGGAUGUGUGAAUGUGUGUAUGUGUGGUGGAGUUGAUGAGGACAGUGUUUGUGUGUGGUUGUGUGUUUUUGAGCGGGACCACCUCACGCUCCGAGAACUCUGCCUGGUGUGAUUCCUCAAUCUGCAGACAGAGGGAGCUGUGCAGCAGGCUUUGUGCUAUUGGCUGGUUCACAGUUGCACAAAAUCAGCCUUUUUAUUGUUUUUUUCCUCCUCUUACCUGUAUUCUUUUUUCCACCUGAACACUAAAUCUUAUCGUUAAAUCAGUCUUUCUUAUUUUAAGUUUUUUUUUCAUCCCCCCCCAUUUUUUUUAUAUUAGUUUGAGUAGUUCAUUAAAAGUGACCAAUAACUGUGGUUAAAUUGGUGGCCGCUAACAGAAACUCUUAGUGCCAUUGUAGAGAUGAUGGGACAGUGGAAGUUAAAAGAAUGACAGAGAAAGAGAGAGAAAUGCAUGAGGGCAUUAGCCAUUCUGAAUGUACGAGUGCUUGAACGUUUGAUUUUUAAAACAUAUUAUUUAGAGAGGCAGUUUUGUUUUUUCUAAAACACUUUUAUAGCAAAUUGUGAUUUUUCAAUAAGAUCCUACAAUUACUUUGCAGUCAUUCUCGAUCUCUAUGAGAGCUUGAAAUCAUAUCCUGGGAGAUUAUUUGUUUCGGAAAACAUUUCUGAUGACCAAUUGCCAUUUCAACCAGCUGCUAGUUUCCAAGCAGAAAAUCAUUGCACAAAAAAAGCAUUAUUUUAUCUUCAGUAAUUCAAUGGUAAAUUAUGAAACUCAUUUCAACUGCAAGAUUAAAAACAAUUAAAAGCUGACAAAUUGUUUCAAUUAAAAGCUGACAAAUUGCUGACUUUUGUUUCUCAUCUCUACAUAUUUAUAGGCGUUCUCACAAGUCUGGUUUAAUUUCUUGUAAUUUUUAGUUUAUAUCCCUCACCACCCAGAAUUACAUGUCCAUCAUUUAAAACUACAAGACACAAUGUUGCAGCUUUAGCGAGAAAAGAAGUCAGAAGAAUAUAUUUUAGAAAUCUAAAUCGAGAGAGAGUCAGGGGGUUGAAAUAGCAACAUUUUAAACCAAGAGAUCCUAAGAGAAAAAAGUCUGAAUUGGCAGUUACAAGACACAAGUUCAAUUGUGAAAAGUAAACUGGCGAUUGGGAGAUAAAUGUCACAAUUACUUUAUUUUUAAUUGUGUUUCCUAAGUAAUUAACAGUAAUGAACAGAACACCAGACCUGCCAGGCAGCAUUUCUUCAUGCUCCUGUUCACCCUGACGGCUUUUAAUAUCACAACAGCAAAGGCAGAGUUUCCUUUUUACACUCAUCAGCACCGACACUGCCAGGUUUGUUUUUAUUUCGUGCCAACACAUUUGUAGUGUGGCCAACCUCUCGGUACAAAACUCAUUGUUCUCUCAUGUACACUCCGAUAAAUGAACCACAGAGAUUUAUUGACCUUUCACAGACGUCAGUAUAUAUUUCAAAAGAGCCAUCAUUUCUUCAUCUUGACAUACGAAUGUGAACUUGCUCAAAUCUUAUCACACAGAUGCGUUUGUUUGUUGAUGUUUUUCUUCAACAGGAAUCAAAAUGGCAGAAACUGGUUCACCAUGAUGUACCACAUUUGCUACUUGGAGUUUUUACACUUCUUUUUAAGCCAUCGAUCACUGUGAAAUAUUCAGGUACUACAGAUUAAAACCAUUUGCCAACCAAAGUUCAGUCAAAUUUGUAUCAAAAUGUUCCCCUUGAUCUGUUAAAAUGGUACAAGUCUAGCAAAGAGGGUUAAAUGGACAUCAUCCAUACCGUUUUUGCACCGCUAGUACAGAUUUCAGUCUUAAUUAAAGUCUUUUGAGUUUGCUGGCGUAGUGUACUGUCUAAAACGGGUUCAUUUCAUCCAUGACAAGCAAUUGAAUGCACUUGAGAUGAGUCAGACUGAUAUCUUUCAGAGGGCUAAUUUGUUGGAUUUCUCUCCUUUUUUGUUGUUGUGUAGCCUUUCUGAUAUAGAGAGAAUGAGAGAGUGGCCUUGCUUUUGUCCUUCAUGUACGUGAGCCCUUUUGUCCGAGAGACUUGAUUGUGUCCUGUGUGUUUAUCCAGGACAGCGCUAGACAUCUUUCCCAUCACCACCUUCUGUUUUACAAGGGCUACAGGCAAGUUUGUGCAAAACUUUUGUGUUGUUUGUGUCAAAAAGCGAGAGAUGGAGAAAAAGAGAAUGGUCUGAUUGUGAGGUGAGAGUUUUAAUGAAAAGAAGAGAACAUUUGUUGUGAAACUGGUUACGAUUACUAAUCUGAAGAAUUUGUACAGUCAAAAAUAAAGUUUUACGUAAUGCUUUUAA